AAUCAGAAAUCGUUUGAUUCUCGGGAGAGGAAGACCCUUCCACAUUUGGUCUUAACUCGGAGUGUGAGGGUGUGGUUCUCGUAGGCCAUUACUUUGGGUGUAUGUUGCAGGCUGUGUAGUGCAGGCACAGCGGAGUCUUAAUCCCCAUCAUUGGCAGGCUGGAUCCAGGCAGCACAGGCCAGGUAAAGCCACCACAUCUGCCCUCAUCUCACCAGGCACGACUGUUCCAAAGAACUGGACGAGCUGGGCUCGUACUUCAUCCUUGAACUCAGAGUUCGUGACUUGUGAUUCAUCGUAGCAAUCUUGUGGCUCUCAGCCCCAUCAUUUCGUCCGCGAAUCUGGACUGGCUUUCCGUUGAGAGUUCGCUCGCUUUACUUCGCGUCGUCGAAGCCACCGCAGCUCGCUCUUAGACGACUAUAUUCAUCGGACCAACGAUAGUCAUUGACGAUGUCGAAGGGGUCCUUAUUCUGAACUAUAUAAAUUAUAACCAGAUUAGAUAUACUACGGUCCAGUUUGUUGUAGGUCCAAGGUUGUAGAAGACAGUGGUGCAUGUGGAGGUCAGGGCAAGGAGGCUUUACUGCGUGUACGCCUGUACGUGCCAGUGCUGUGUGCAUCAGGACUACAUUGCGCUGCGUAAACUGUCUGCAUAUGGUAAGUUUGUAACUAAACCUGUGGAGUGGCCUACAGUAUGGAGAGAGACAAGUUCAUUGCACAAGGAGAGAAGUUUGGUUUAGAGGGUGAUAAAUUGAGAGCAUAUGUUGAUGGAUGUGUGCGAGAAGCUAGAGAUGAAAGAGCAGCAGCAAGGAAUGCUGAGAUUGAAGCUAGGAAUGCCGAGAUUGAAGCUAGGAAGGCAGAAUCUUAUAUAAUAGCUCAACAGGAUGAAGCUAGGAAAAAAGAAUCAGAGUUAUUAGAUAAACGGAUUAAACUUGAAGAGUUAAGGAAAAAUAAUGGGACAGAAAAUGUUUCACGUGCAGGGCAUUCACAUAAGCCUAGUAUUCCGCCCCUCCCCUCCCUAGCUGAUCAAUUCAAUGAAGCCCAUGCAGAUAUUAGAAUAAGGAGAAUGAAUAAAGCCCAUCAGUCCAGUUCUAAAAAUGUAAAUCCUAAUGUGAAUAAGAGUAAUAACAAUGCAAUUAGUCACACUAAGUCUGAAAAACCAGGUAAGUCCAAAUUUGAUGACAAGAAGUGUUUCAAUUGUAAUAAAUUUGGACAUAUCUCUUUUAAUUGUCCAAACAAGAAAGGUCGUCGAGAGAUGGGAGCCAGUGUUGUCGCAGGCAGGUCAGCAGAAGACACAUCAGCUGGAGAUGAUGCUGCAGCAGGACCUACCGACACUAGAGAGAUGGCCGGACACUUCAACCACAAGAGUUUGAGUCUAAUCGUGCAGGAGAAUCUCACUGAAGAUGGAAGCGGAGUGAAGUUGGCAUCUGGUGACACUCUACCGGUACUAUCGGCAGUGGCGAGUGGAUCAGAAGUGGAGAUGCCAGUCGUCGAUGGAUUGGUGAAUGGGAAGCCCGUGGAUGUUCUUCGCGACAGUGGUUGCACAACAGUCAUCGUCCGAUAUGAGUUGGUGCGUGAAGAGCAGUUCUUUGGAGAUAGGCUGACGUGUUUGCUCGUCGACCGGACGCUGAGAAACUUCCGACGUGCCAAAAUCGACAUAGAUACUCCAUACUUCAAGGGUAAGGUAGAAGCUCUAUGUGUACCAACCCCUGUUUAUGAUCUUGUAUUAGGUAAUAUUCCUGGAGCGAGGCAACCAGCUGAUCCAGACGGAGACUGGACGCCAGGAGAUCAUCAAGGCAGUGCAGUGGAGACAAGAGGGCAGAAGCGGCAGGCGGGACGGACAAGGCCUCCUCUUCCUGUACCCAAGCCACUAGAAGACAUUGUGUCAGUGGAUAAUCUCAUCCAGGCCCAGAAGGAAGACAGCUCGUUGGAUGCCUCUAGGAAAGCCGCUGAGAAAGGAGAAAAGAAGAUAAGGGUGGAAAUUCAUCUUGCUUUUUCUUUAAGAAGGAUGUACUCUAUAGGGAAUACAUGGAUGCAACCCCAGGGUCAGAUGUUCUGUUACAAGUUGUCGUGCCCACCAAGUUCAGAAAUCAAGUCUUAAAACUGGCUCAUGAGUCGAUUCUAGGUGGCCAUCUAGGGAAUAAGAAGACCUGUGAAAAGAUCUUGAUGCAUUUCUUCUGGCCAGGUAUGCAUGCAGAUGUAGUCCGGUAUUGUCGGUCAUGUGGGCCAUGUCAACGUACUUCGCCGAAGGGAAAGGUCACGAAGGUACCUCUGGGAUCAACCCCUCUCAUCGAUGAACCUUUCAGACGUGUGGCGAUGGACUUGGUUGGACCGAUAGAGCCGGCUAGUAGUAAAGGUAACCGAUUCAUACUAACUGUUGUAGAUUAUGCUACUCGUUACCCAGAAGCAGUAGCGCUUCGCCGUAUUGACGCACAGACGGUUGCGGAGGCACUGAUGGACAUCUACUCCAGGGUAGGGAUACCACGAGAGGUGUUGACAGACCGUGGCAGCCAAUUCACAUCAGAGCUGAUGAAGGAAGUGAGUCGUCUACUCUCCAUCCGGCAGAUGACUACUACACCCUAUCAUCCUGCUUGCAAUGGGCUAGUUGAACGCUUCAAUGGUACCUUGAAGUCCAUGCUCCGCAAAAUGUGUGAAGAAAGACCCAAGGAUUGGGAAAGGUAUCUUAACCCCCUCUUGUUUGCUUACAGAGAUUCAGUGCAGGAGAGCACAGGCUUCUCACCCUUUGAACUCCUGUAUGGGAGAGCAGUUCGAGGCCCUCUUGCUAUUCUUCAAGAGCUCUGGACGGGUGAGGUUGACGAGCCAGAUACCAAG